AAUGUCAACGAAUAUCAGUGUAGUGAACAUCAGUUCGAGUUGGGUCACACUGAACGAGUCGUCAUCAAUGGUGAAGACUAGCACAGCUGCGGAAGAAUUCUGGUCGUACAACGUGCUGAAUAUCAGUAACGGGAUUGAACAUCCGGGUGAUAUACAAUUACAUCUUCUCGUGUCACAGAUUGUAGCCUGGCUCGCUGUGUUCCUGUGUGUCGUCAAAGGAAUCCGGUCUGUAGGAAAAGUUGUGUACGUCAGCGCUACUGUUCCGUACGUACUGUUGUUGGCGCUGCUCAUAAGAGGGUUGAUGCUGCCGGGAGCCGUGGAGGGAAUUAAGGCGUUCAUCAUUCCUCGCUGGGAGAAUCUUCUUACUUUACAGGCAGGGGCAGAGUCAACGGUUUGGAUUGACAGCGCUACCCAGGCGAUGAUUUCAUGUGGUAUUGGAACCGCAAACAUUAUUACAAUAGCUAGAUACAACCGUUUCCAUAACAACUGCUACAGAGACGCCAUCUUGGUGUCCGCUCUCGACUGUUUCACCAGCGUGUUUGCCGGUUUCGUCGUGUUCGCGGUCAUCGGCUAUAUGGCGGACUAUCUGGGAACACCAGUCGAUCAAGUUGUAAGUCAAGGGCCGGGCAUCGCUUUCAUCGUGUACCCGGAAGCGCUCAGCACAAUGGCGUUUGGACAGAUCUGGGCAGCCGUCUUCUUCCUCAUGCUCUUCCUGGCGGGCAUCGACAGCCAGUUUGUCAUGGUAGAGGUGGUUGUUGACUUCCUGUGCGACACACUACCCAAGAACAUCAGCAAGAGAAGAUGGGUAGUGACGUCAUGCUCGUGUUUAUUUCUCUGUAUGCUCGGUCUGCCGUUCAUAACACAGAACAGAGAAGCGAGAAUGCGUCUUUAA